CCCAAAAAGAAAGAGAAGAUAAAAGAAUGCAAAUGGUUUUGUGCUUAGCAGCAGAAGGAGAAAUGGGAACAGCACAAGAUUAAACGAGUGGAGUGCUUAGCUUAGGAAACACGAACACUGAAGACUGGUGUACUGUACAGCUAGCUAGCUAGCUAUUGUUCAAGGGUUUCUGUUGUUUGUUGUGGUUGUGGCCUCAGUCCCAUGGCUAAGUUGUCCUCGCCAUCUGAAAAUUCUCGCGAGCUUCUCUGCGUCGGAACGUUGGAAAUCGCCACUCCCAAACCCGUUGGAUUCCUCUGCGGCUCAAUUCCCGUUCCCACCGACAAAUCCUUCCAUGCUUUCCAUUCCCCUCUUCUCCCAACCCCACAAACAGGGAAUGCUCCGCGUUAUCGGUACCGGAUGCUGCCAACUGAGACUGACCUGAAUACGCUGCCACCGCUUCUUGCGAAUUUGCCCGAAAAGGUUCUUCCUGUUGGGGCUCUGCAAUCCAAGGCAACUGGAGCUGAUUUUCCUUGGGAAGGCACUGCCAUUGCAUCAAAUUUAACUAGAAAAUGUGAAGCCCUUGCAGUGUCUGGCUUGGUUGAUUAUGGAGAUGAGAUUGAUGUAAUUGCUCCAGCAGACAUUUUGAAGCAGAUAUUUAAAAUGCCAUAUUCCAAGGCUCGACUAUCGGUUGCUGUUCAUCGCAUCGGUCACACUCUUGUUUUGAACGCUGGACCAGAUAUUGAUGAGGGAGAAAAAUUGAUUAGGAGGCAUAACAAUCAAUCAAAAUGUGCAGAUCAAUCUUUAUUCUUGAAUUUCGCUAUGCAUUCAGUCAGAAUGGAGGCCUGUGAUUGUCCACCAACUCAUAAAGUUUCCUCUGAAGAACAAUCUAAUUCUUCCGUUCUUCCUGGAGGAAACACACCUCAUAUUGUGGUACAGAAUGAUAAUGUUGUUCGAGCUGAAGGAUACAAUUGCCAUUCGGAAUACUCACAGGUUGAGCAGGAAAGCUUCUUUUGGGGAAGCAAGAAGAAUAGGAGAAAUAAGAACCAUGGUAAAGUUAAUAAGGUGUCACAAGUUGGCGAGAAGCCCAGAUCAUCGGUGCAGGAGUCGAAAAAGCAAAGAAAAGUUGGUAAUGAUAGCUUUCUGAGAGUGUUGUUCUGGCAGUUUCAUAAUUUCCGCAUGCUCCUGGGAAGUGACCUCCUUUUGUUCAGUAAUGAGAAGUAUGUUGCUGUGAGUUUGCAUUUAUGGGAUGUCACACGACAGGUCACGCCUCUAACUUGGCUUGAAGCUUGGCUUGACAAUGUCAUGGCAAGUGUGCCUGAGUUAGCCAUAUGUUAUCAUAACAAUGGUGUUGUUCAGGGAUACGAGCUUUUGAAAACCGAUGAUAUUUUUCUCCUUAAAGGAAUAUCAGAGGAUGGGACUCCUGCAUUUCAUCCUUAUGUUGUCCAACAAAACGGUCUGUCUGUUUUGAGGUUCCUUCAGGAUAACUGCAAACAGGAUCCUGGAGCUUAUUGGCUUUACAAAGGUGCUGGUGAAGAUGAUAUGCAACUUUUUGAUCUUUCUGUCAUUCCGAAAAACUGUUCGUCUAAUGAUGGUGAUGAUACUUCAAGCACCUUGCCAUCACUAGUCAAUAGAGGUCGAAGUGAUGCAAUAUAUUCGUUUGGAACUCUCCUCUAUCGAAUUGCUCAUAGGCUUUCUCUCUCAGUGGCUGCAAAAAACAGGGCUAGGUGUGUGAGGUUUUUUAGGAAGUGUUUGGAGUUUCUGGGUGACUCAGACCAUUUGGCGGUGCGAGCAAUUGCUCAUGAACAAUUUGCGAGGCUGAUUUUGAAUUACGAUGAUGAGUUGAAUCUAACUUCUGAAUCUCUAGGUAUAGAAUGUGAGCUAGCUGUUGCUGAGGCUAGAGAUUCAUCUUGGGAUGCUGAAAACAGCACCUCUGAACCAGUUGCCCAUGAAGGACGUUAUCUCCUUGCUGAUAACAAAUCAGAUGUACAUGGAAAAAUAAUUGAGCACUUAGAAUCAGAAGGUCGUGCAAAGAUGGUUUCUAAAGCACACAGUCCCAUGUCUCGGGAACUUAUAGCAGUUGAUAACACAGAAUUGAGCAUCCAAGACCGAACUGCGUCUUGUUCUGAUGAUAGCUCUUCUGUGGAUGAUGUAUGCCCUGUUUCCACACCGGUGGUUCAGACAGUUGCUGAUCCAAUCUCGUCGAAGUUAGCUGCUGUACAUCAUGUUUCACAAGCCAUUAAGUCUCUGAGAUGGAUGCGACAGCUUCAGAGCACUGAAUCAGAGGUGAUGGAUCAAUUAAAUCAAAGUCAUGACAGGCCAUCAUCAUCAUUUGAUGUUUCUGUUUGUGCGUGUGGGGAUGCUGACUGUAUUGAAGUCUGUGACAUUCGAGAAUGGCUUCCAACAUCCAAGUUGGAUCAUAAGUUGUGGAAACUUGUUCUUUUACUUGGAGAAUCUUACUUGGCACUUGCAGAAGCUUAUAAAGAGGAUGGCCAACUGUAUCAAGCUUUAAAGGUUAUUCAGUUAUCAUGUUCUAUUUAUGGUUCAAUGCCUCCUCAUCUUGAAGACACACAAUUUAUUUCUUCAAUGGCUAGUUACUCAUCUUUACACAAUAACUCGUUUGAUAUGAACGGAAAUACUGCAUGGCCAGAUGAUGUAAAAGAUGAGACAGUUAAUGGCUAUAUUGAGAGGAUGUCUUCAACUUACCUCUUCUGGGCCAAGGCAUGGUCUUUAGUUGGAGAUGUCUAUAUUGAAUUCCAUAAGAUAAAGGGUAAAGAAAUCUCAAUGCAAGAUAUGAGAAAGCCUGUGACCAGGGAAUUGAGAAUGUCAUCUGAGGUUGUGAAAGAAGUAAAAAGACUGAAGAAAAAGCUGGUGCAGUUUAACCAGAACUGUAGUUCAUGUUCCUUGGUAAACUGCAGUUGCCAGAGCGACCGAGCAAGCAGUGGGAACAGUGCAAGCAGUAGCGGUACAGAUUUGAGGUUCUUGUCAUAUGGUAGAAAGCAUAGUAAACGGGUGUCUUCUAAAAUUGCGAAUUACUUGCCUCCAAAAGAGACAGGAGAUGAGUUCAUUCAUAUCAAGGGGAAUAGAAAAGAUUUUGACAGUGAAUUUCUUGAAAACAGUAAUUAUGAUGGAGACCUUACAGGUACUCUUGAAAAUAGUCGGAUCGAAGUUGAAUCCUUGGAUACUGCAAAUUCUAAACCGCCUGAGGGAUCUUUAGACAUGGAAAAUUCAUGUUAUACUGUUGUCUCUCAAACUGAAUUUAAGUCAAGGGAAACAGGUAAAGUAAAAAAUGGUGGGAUAUUUGAGUACCUAGAUGAACAUCUAGUUGGAGAUGUAGAGCACAACCUGUUAGUUGCUUUAAAAUGCUACGAAGAAGCUAAAAAAGCAUUGCUUAAACUUCCAUCUGGUUUGUCUGAUUUGCAAUCUGUGAUUAAAAAGAAAGGGUGGGUCUGCAAUGAAUUAGGACGAAUCAGAAUUGAAAAUAAAGAGUUGAAUAAGGCUGAACUAGCAUUUACAGAGGCUAUAGAUGCAUUCAGAGAAGUUUCAGAUCACACCAAUGUAAUAUUGAUCAACUGUAAUAUGGGCCAUGGAAGACGGGCUUUGGCUGAGGAGAUGGUAUCUAAAAUUGAUAAUCUUAAACAACAUAAUAUUUUCCAUAUCGCAUACAGUCAUGCAUUGGAGACUGCUAAACUGGAAUAUAAAGAAUCCCUUAGAUAUUAUGGGAUGGCAAGGUUAGAACUAAAUGUCAUCAAUGUAGAUGAUGAUUCUGUGACAAACAGCUUGAGGAAUGAGGUACAUACGCAGUUUGCUCAUACUUAUCUGCGGCUUGGUAUCCUCUUGGCAAGAGAAAAUAGUACAGCCGAAGUUUAUGAGAAUGGAUCAUUGGAAAAUACACGUCUAAAUCACACCAAUCUCCGUGACAGAAAAGACAGGAAAAAUUUGAGAAAGAAUGAGAUUUCAGCCAAUGAGGCCAUUAGGGAAGCAUUAUCUGUGUAUGAAUCCCUGGGUGAACUACGGAGACAGGAGGCUGCUUAUGCUUACUUCCAGUUGGCAUGCUACCAGAGAGACUGUUGUUUGAAAUUUAUGAAUUCUAGCAAUAAGAAAAACAUUUUGUCAAAAGGUGAAAAUAGCAGUAUGCAACGAGUCAAGCAGUAUGCAUCUCUGGCGGAGAGGAACUGGCAGAAAGCCCUCGAUUUCUAUGGCCCCAAAACACAUCCUACCAUGUAUUUGACUAUUCUUAUGGAGAGAUCAACUCUUUCAUUAAGCCUUUCAAGCCAUUUACACUCUAAUGUGGUGCUGGAGUCAGCUUUGGCUCAUCUGCUUGAAGGACGCCAUGUUACAGAUACCAAUGCUGACACUUUCAGCACUUGCUAUCCUGAAUUACAUGCAAAAUAUUGGAGUCAGUUGCAGAUGCUUUUGAAGAAAAUGUUGGCUACAAUGCUUCCAUCAAGUACAAACAAAUCUCCCUCUCAAUCAUCUUCUUCAACAUCUAGAAUAUUUGGAGAUGGUGGAAAGAUCAGGGAACUCUACAAGAUAACCUUGAAGGGUACAGACAUGGUCCAACUUCAUAGCAUGUACAGCUUGUGGAUAUCGUGAUAGGAAAUUUACCAUGUACAUUCUUAACUUGCAUACCACAUCUUUUAAUCAUCUUAUCUUGAAAUUUGAUGUUGGCCUAGCUCCAUUUAAGUUAAUCAAUCAUAUGUGGAUCUCCUAUGAAAGUGGUUGUGCAUCUGCAAUGAAGUUUUUAUUUCUUAUCCUUAGGUUUAUGUAGUCUCUUUUUCAAAAGCUUUUAUGUAAUAAAUAUGCAAAUACAUCUAUCUAA